CUUUCAAUCUCUUUCUCUGGGUCCCACACUGUCUUUUUCUUUCCUUCCUGUAGCUAACCUGGCUUUAUUUAAAAGAACCAUGGGGCGACGGAAUGUCAUCAUCCUCGAACAGCGGCCGGAAGAUUUGGAUGCUCUUCCACCUGCGUUGAGACGAAAAUUGUUUUCCAAUCUGGAACGUUUUCGACUAGAGCAGAUGCGACUAGCUCAGACGCAUCCUGGGAAUAAUAGCCGGAGCCACGCCGCUCACCCAAGGCUCCAAAAUGGCCAUUCCGCUGACCCCAUCCCACGAACCAGAACGCCAAAAAUUAAUGCUCCUUGUGCCGCUAGAGCCAAUGGUACGAAACGACGGCUUCGUUCCAAAAAGUAUGCAAGACGGCCAAUUCUAACCAAAGGAAGGAUCCUCUUCCCGCAAAUCCUGAAAAAGCCCGAGACUCUUCAAACCGCCUAUCUGGCUGCUCAGGCUGACUCCCAAUGGUUCCGCUCCUUACCGCCCAAGGUGCAACAGCAACAUUUUAGCAUUGAAGAACGAGCUUGCUUUGGGAGCUGGCGAUCAAGUCUGAUACUCGACGCCGCGGAUCAGGCCCUAUAUAAGCUGGGCUGUCAAGCAAGAGUUUCGUCGGAGUCUAUAUUAUCAUCCGUCCCGAGCGUGACGACCUCCUCUUCUGCCACCUACACCUCCUCUGCUCACCACCCCGACUCAGCGGUCGAUAUGGAUGAUUCAAUGUACGACAGUUUUCGAUGGCUUGACGAAGAUGAGGAUCUCGAUCUUCGACUUGACUAUCAUUCUCACAUUGCCCCCUCGACGCCAAUGCAACCUCACGGCGGCCGAAAACCCUCCUUCAAGCGCACAUGCUCCUUCAGCUCCUCACAAAAAUGUCGGUCGCCGGUAUCAGGGAUGCUCCCCAAACCAAGCCAAUCUCACAAUGUUCCACCUUUCUCUCCGCCCGUCAUUCCUCCGAAGAAACAUCAUCGGCCUUUAUCCCGAUCCGAGCCACCGCCAAGACACGUCUCGCAAACAUCUGUAACAUCGAUCGACCACCCCGCGCAGUACUAUCAAGACCCCGAGGCACGGCUGAAACUGCGGGUUUACCUGGCUUCUCCGCAGAAAUUUGAUGAAGCGAUCGAAUUCGGAUUCCCAUCCUUGGAAUUAAAAGAAGGCUUCAAUUCGCGACUGUCGAUUGAUCGCGAAUGGGCCCUCUGCGAUGAUCGGCGAACGUUUUUCGACAAUGACAGCAAGUCGUUUCUUGGUGAAACGCUCAACGAAACUAACAACGCGUCACUAAACGAUCAAGACCACAAUAGCCCCCCCAACACAUCCUCUAUCGCAUCCACCAUUGUGAACGCGUCCCAUGAAUCAAGAUCCUCCAAACAAUCCACAAGACCUCGUUUGGUUUCCAUAACGCACAAUAACGCCCAGAACAUGAUUGGAAACCGGGAGAUGACACUGAAAAUGACACUGACUAGAGCAGAUUUGAGAACAACUGACCCCUCGACCAUGACUUCUCCGUCCGCCUCAGAAAACGAUGAUCCUCUCCGGUUAGCUGACCUCCCUGCGCCGGAUGAACAGCUCCAUAUAUGGGACACCCCACCUGAGGAUAAAGGGGUAAUGCGAAAGCUUUUACGGAAGUUGAGAAAGCGACGCUGACCCUCUCUUUUUGCGUUUCGUGGUCCCGUGUGUAUAUUCAUUCAGCUUUCUAUUCUCUUCAGUGGAAGUGCAAUGAGCCGAACGAUUCUGCGAUCACCCCUUUUCUCGAAUAUAUUUGGAUAAAAGCACGCCGGCAACGACGAUUGCCAUUCACUCGUAUCUACCAUGGUGUUCCCUUUGCACAGUGAUUUACCCUCUACUAUAUGCUUUUAUUACUGAUUUUUGGUCUACAUCAUUUACUACAUGACUCCUAUUGUAUUACCUUCUUUUCGCUUCUUUUCCUUUCGCCAUUUAGCGAUGAUCUACCUCCUCGACAUGAUUUUCCUAUUGAUCGUGAGACAUCUACACUCUUGAAGCCGGCUGUCACCUUGCAUUUGUCCUUUGAGCCUGCAUUCUGUCCAUAAUUUCUUGUUUCAUUUAGAUAGUGGCCAUAUAUGAAC